AUGUCCGAGCCAGUUGCCAAAGAGGCGGGCCCACCCGCUACAGAACCAGAAGUCACAGAGGAGAAGACGCAGAAGAAACGCGAGUAUAAAGAGUUUGAAGGCGAAGAACAUGAGACUGUCCAUGCAAAGGUCGACAUGAACACGAUCGAGCUCAAGGCCGAAGACUUGUACGAUAAAGAAAAGGUCGAUCUGGAGCGUGUCGAGCUCGGAGACGUUUUCAAGCUUCUUCAAGCCUCCGAGGAAGGUCUCACUUCGGAACAAGCUGCCGAACGUCUGACCAUCUUUGGUCCGAACAAGUUGGAGAGCGAAGAGCAGAAUCCAAUUCUGCAGUUCCUCUCAUUCAUGUGGAACCCGCUCUCCUGGGUCAUGGAAGCUGCCGCUCUCGUCGCUAUUGCUCUCUCAAACGGUGAAAGCCGCCCACCGGACUGGCCAGACUUUGUCGGUAUCGUCCUCCUCUUGCUCGUCAACUCUGCCAUUGGUUUCUACGAAGAGCACAAUGCCGGAAACGCCGUCAAGGCGCUCAUGGACUCACUCGCACCAAAGGCAAAGGUCAAGCGUGACGGCAGCUGGAAGGAAAUCGAAUCGGCAGACCUCGUCCCCGGAGACAUGAUCUCGUUCAAGAUUGGUGACAUUGUCCCCGCCGACUGCCGUCUUACGGAAGCGAUCAACGUCUCGAUUGACCAAGCUGCUCUUACCGGAGAGUCGCUCCCUCAGAGCAAGAAGACGGGUGACCAAUGUUUCUCUGGCUCUACUUGCAAGCAAGGAGAGGCAGAGGGUGUUGUCAUCUCGACUGGUCCCAACACGUUCUUCGGUCGUGCGGCCUCGCUCGUCGGUGCCGACGACGAUACCACGGGUCACUUGCAAAAGAUUCUCGCUCAGAUUGGUUCGUUCUGCCUCGUCGUCAUUGGCAUCUUCGUCCUUCUCGAGAUUAUCGUCUUGUACGGCAAAUUCCGCUACUCGUACCGUCACGGUCUGGACAACAUCCUCGUCCUUUUGAUCGGUGGUAUCCCCAUUGCAAUGCCCACCGUCUUGUCCGUCACUCUCGCCGUCGGUGCUCAGCAACUCGCCAAGCACAAGGCCAUUGUCACCCGUAUCACCGCCAUUGAGGAGCUCGCUGGUGUCACCAUCUUGUGCUCGGACAAGACUGGUACGCUCACGACCAACAAGCUCACCAUUGACAAGACCCUCGUCCGCACCUAUGGCCCCUUCUCCUCUGACGAGGUCAUUCUCCUUGCCGCCUAUGCCUCGCGCACCGAGAACCAAGACGCCAUUGACGGUUGCGUCGUUGGCACGCUCGAUGACCCGAAGAAGGCUCGCGAGGGCAUCAAGUUGCUCGACUUUAAGCCGUUUGACCCCGUCAUCAAGCGCACGGAGAUUACCUACCGCGAGGAGUCGACUGGCAAGCUCAAGCGUGUCACCAAGGGUAUGACCGGUAUCAUCAUCGAAUUGUGCACGCGCAACAAGACUGCCGAAAUCGAGGACCAGCUCGAGCGCGAUGUCGAAGAGUAUGCCAACCGUGGUCUCCGUACGCUCGCCGUCGCCUAUGAAGAGCUCGAAGGCGACAACCCAGAGGCUGACGGAAACGGCUUUGAACUCAUUGGUCUCCUCACCAUCUUUGACCCACCGCGUGCCGACACCAAGGAGACGAUUGACAAUGCCCUCGCGCUCGGUGUCAAAGUCAAGAUGGUCACUGGUGAUCAGCUCGCUAUCGCAAAGGAGACUGGACGCCGUCUUGGAUUGGGUGACCACAUGUACCCUGCCAAGGUGCUCAAGGAAGGUCCUCCACCAGGUGGCAAGCACAUGUCGCUCGAGGAGAUGAUCUUGGAUGCCGAUGGCUUCGCUGGUGUCUUCCCCGAACACAAGUAUGAGAUUGUCAAGACGCUCCAGGGACUCGGCCAUUUGUGUGCCAUGACUGGUGACGGUGCCAACGACGCACCCGCUCUCUCCAAGGCCAAUGUCGGUAUCGCUGUCGAAGGUGCUACGGACGCUGCCCGAGGAGCUGCCGAUAUCGUGCUUACGGAACCCGGUCUGUCGACGAUUGUGCACGCCAUUCGCCAGUCGCGUAUCAUUUUCCAACGUAUGCGCAACUAUUCGAUUUACGCGUGCGCCGUCACCAUUCGUAUCGUCGUCUGCUUCGCCAUCCUCGCCUUUGUCUACAAGUUUGACUUCCCGCCGUUCAUGGUGCUUAUCAUUGCCCUCUUGAACGACGGUACGAUCAUGACGCUCUCGGUUGAUCGUGUGCUCCCCAGCAAUACGCCCGACAGUUGGGACUUGGCAGAGAUUUUCGCAUAUGCCUUGGCAUAUGGCCUGUAUCUCACCAUGUCGACGAUUGCACUCCUCAUCAUCAUCCUCAAGACCAACUUCUUCGAGGAGAAGUUUGGUGUCACUCUCGACAAGGUUUAUCCCGACGGAGCCAAGGAUCCCAACGACUAUAUGAUUCACAUGAUCAUGUAUCUCCAAGUCGCCAUCAUCUCGCAGGCGCUCAUCUUCGUCACGCGUUCGCACGGCUUCUUCUUCAUGGAGAUGCCCUCGUACGCACUCCUUGGUGCCUUCUGCGUCGCUCAGCUCAUUUCGUCCAUCAUUGCCGCGUACGCCAACUGGGGCUUUACGCAGAUCAAGGGCAUUUCGGGUGGCUGGAUUGGUAUCGUGUGGGUGUGGAACAUUAUCUGGUUCCUGCCGCUCGACUUUGUCAAGUUUGCGAUGAAGGCGACGAUUAUCAAAUAUCUCCGCCAACGCCACGAGCAACAGAUUGCGCAAGAAGUCCGGGGUCAAUCUCAAGGUGUGCCCAUGGCACGCACGACUUCGCGUGUUGGCAGUAUCCACGAGAGCUUGUACAGCAAUCGUGUCAGCUUUAUCAAACGUGCUGCCCGAAGCGUUGGAUUCAAGGGCGGCAAAAAGGUUCACCUGUCACAAAACGAACUCCAGCGCUUUGCAUCGAUCCAAGCUGCGCAUACGGGACAGACGCUGGCUCGACACGCUUCGCGUCAAUAG